UUAUAAAUUACACUGCCGAGUUAAGUCGUUGGCUUCAAGGUCCUCCCUCAAACUCGUUACUGUCUCAUCUUAUUCAAUUGCCGGCAGUCUAAUAAACUCGGUGACUCGGCGAGUUUAAUCAAUCACACAAAAUGGUGGCCGAGUUGAAGUACGAGAUCUCACAGAACGCUUACAUCAAGUUGGUUCUACAUGCUCUGAAGCACAAAACCACGGCGGUCAACGGCGUCUUACUUGGCCGUGUCAACCCGCAAAAUGAAAGCGUCGUUGAGAUCAUUGACUCGGUCCCUCUAUUUCACUCUAAUCUUGCUUUGUUGCCUCCUCUCGAGAUCGCCCUCAUCAUGAUAGAGGAACAUUAUGGAUCCAAGGGCUUGGGAAUUGUGGGCUAUUUCCAUGCAAAUGAGAGGUUUGAUGAUGCAGAGCUAGGCAUUGUGGCAAAGAAUAUAGGUGAUCAUAUUUUUCGGUACUUUCCCCAAGCUGCUGUUUUAUUGUUGGAUAACAAAAAGCUUGCAGCUUUGCCAAAGGGGAAAGACCAAAGUCCUGUAAUGCAGCUUUAUAUAAGGGAUGCAUCCAAGAAUUGGAAACUGGCUGGACCAGAUGGAGGCAGCCGAUUGGUAAUUAAGGAACCAGCAGCUAAUGUUGUUUUGUCGGAUUAUAUUUCAUCUGAAAAAUGGCAGGAUGUUGUAGAUUUCGAUGACCACCUCGACGACAUUAAGAUGGACUGGCUUAAUCUGGAACUCUUCAAAUAAGAUCCUUUGAUGGGCAACUUGAAGUAGGCAAUAAAUUCUAGAAACCAUUGGAGAUUUUGUUAAGAUGUAUUAAUCGGGCAUCGGUUAUAGAAUUCGUGAAGAUGCGAUCGUCAUUGCUUAAGCAAAACAUGAGCAUUUUAAGGUCAUUAGCUACAAAUUUGUCAGUGGAAUGCAGAGCCAUUCUGUUUUUAGUUUAUUGCAAUUCCUUUGUCUUUUUUAAGUUUUUUCAAUAAUCUAGUGAUUGGGUUUUGACAUUGAGGUUGUUAAUGGAUUAUGAACGUAUUGACCAUUUCAUUUCAGAAAGGCCUAAAAUACCAUUUUCCUGCA